AUGUGGGAUCAUAUCAAGAAUAUUGGACUAACUCUGUCACCCCGCGCACCCCAUCUUUGGGUAGUGUGCGCGUGGGAACUUCACAGCCCCAGCGUUGACUCCGAUAAAAUCUCAGACAACAAGGAAGUCCAAAAAUGGAUCAAUAAUUACCUCGGUGUGGGCGAGUGGGUGAUGGACCAGUCCGUUGCUGUCAUGGGUUCUUCCGCCUGGUUCGAGCGCCGCCGGUGA